AUGGCAGCAGACCGACAUAGCUCCAAGCUCGAGCCCCAAAAACCGGCACUAAAACUGCACGGCUCCAAAGCCGGAGAUAUCUACACAUCAAGACAGAGAAUCGUUCCAGCUUCAUUUCAAUACCACACAAGAGGCCAACAAUGCACCGGGAGCACCGAAACCGAAACACCCGGCCUUCCUGCCUCCAUAAAUCAGCGGCAUGUGAGCAAGACGUGGCAGCCGACAAACACCCAGAAAUCACAAGACAGAGACGCUUACGCUCAUGAAGAGUGA